AAUCUUCAGGGCUUAAUACCAUUUGCCAGGUAUUUGAAAGCGAAAGAGGAAGUAAAUUGCUGGUUGUAUUGAUAUUACAUUCGGGGCUGUAUUAUCCUGUCGAGUUCAAAUCUAUAAAAACGGAUUUUUUUCGCGUGUUGAUUUUAGAGGUCAAAAAUGGUGAUCAAUAGAUAGGAGCAAAUAUACAUGUACGCACAGAAUGGCAGCUGCAACGUCAAAGCAGCCAUCCACAAAGAAACGUCUAUUCGUGGCAGCUAUAGAUCUAGGUACAACAUACAGCGGCUGGGCUUAUUCCACACUAAAUGACCCUGAUAAAGUACUUUCCAGCCAAGCAUGGUUUGCUGGCACAGGAACACUAGCGUCACAAAAGACACCCUCUUGCGUCCUGCUUUCGCCGAAAAAAGAGUUCGAAGCGUUUGGCUACGAAGCAGAAACUACAUUUGCAGGUCUUGCGGAAGAAGGCAAGCAUCAUGGAUCGUACUACUUUCGAAGAUUUAAAAUGACUUUGUUUGAUGAUCGUAAACUGAAUCGUCACACUAGCAUUGAAGACAUAUCUGGAAAGAAAAUGCCAGCACUGGUAAUAUUUGCUCAUGCCAUACGUUAUCUGAAAAACAGCUUCAUGCAAACAGUCCAUAAUAGAGUUCAGAAUGUCAAAGACGACGAUGUGAAUUAUGUUCUAACAGUUCCAGCCAUUUGGAACGAUAUGGCCAAGCGAUUUAUGCGACAAGCAGCUAUUGAGGCUGGUAUUCCAAACGACCAAAUUACAUUAGCGCUUGAACCUGAAGCAGCGUCUAUUUGGUGUCAGGGGAUCCACACAGAGGUACAACGAAACUUUGAUACCACCGAUCUUGGUAUUUCAGCCAUUGGUACACGAUACAUGAUUGUGGAUUUAGGCGGUGGAACUGCAGACAUCACUGUGCACGAGAAGAAACACAACAAUACACUCUUAGAGAUACAUAAAGCUACAGGAGGAGCUUGGGGAGGAACAGAAGUUGAUAAAAAUUACAUACAACUUCUAGCAAAAAUAAUUGGACCGAAUGAAUGGAAAAAGUACGAGCAAAAGGAACUGGAAGAUAUACUUGACAUCUAUAGGGACUUUGAAAAUAAGAAAAGAAAUAUAUCUACCACGUCAUCUGGUCAGAUCACUGUCAAGAUGCCGAGUAGUCUGAAAGAUGCUUAUGAACAGAAUGGAAAGAGAUCUAUAUCAGACGUUGCAGAAAGAUUUAGCAGGAAUAUUGAUUGGAGAAACGACAAAUUAAGAGUAGCUGUAGCUUUAAUGAAGAAAUGUUUCGAAGGUCCAGUGAAUGAUGUUAUUGCACAUGUGGAAGAGAUUUUAUCAGAAGAAAACAUGGGAAAUGUUGACAAGAUAAUGCUGGUGGGAGGGUUCGCUGAAAGCCCGUACGUACAAGAGACUUUCAAAGCACACUUUACAGGCAGACGAAUUAUUAUUCCACAAGAAUGUGGCCUUGCUGUCUUAAAAGGAGCUGUACUCUUUGGGCAAAACCCUACAGUUGUAACAGCAAGAAUUGCACGGUACACAUACGGUCUGGAAAUUGCUGUUCCUUUUGAUCGUACAAAGCAUUCUAGAGAAAAACUAGUUAAUACGGAUGCUGGACCGUUAUGCCGAGAUUCGUUUUGGAAGGCUGUUGAGAUCGGACAGGUGAUAAAGAAUGGACACGAAGUGCCAAGGAUUGGAAGAGCGGUCGAUGAUUACCAACCAAAGAUUUCUCUAAAAAUUGUCAAAUCAAAGCAACGCAAUCCGGCAUACACAACAGAUCCGGAUUGUGAAGUCAUUGGACAUGUUGUAGUACCAAUGGAUCGCACUUUAAAGGCUGAUAACAACGCUGUUGAUGAAAUAUUUACAUUUGGUGGCACAGAGCUCAUGUUAAGAACACGACAUAAGAAUACAGGCGCUACACAAGAACUCGCCUUUGACCUGUAAAACAUUUUAAAAACAUUCGAUAUAAAUCUGCCGAGCACGCUUGUUCAAGUUAGAUAUAUGUAAAUAUAACUUUAAUCAAAACUAAAACUUAUAAUUUUCUUUGUAUCAAGUAUGAUAUUAAAAGUUUUUAUUUUAAAACACAUUAAAUUUCUUAAACAAGCUCUAGUAAAAUACAUCGCUGAGUCAAAUUUCAGCAGUUUGUAUUUAAAAUGGGCAACUGCAAAUCUAGAAAAGUAAGGUAUAUGAUAAUAUGGUGUUCCGUUCGUGCCAUCGAUAUUAAUGAUAGUGGUGUGUUAAUAUAGCAUUUCGUAUCGUGUGUUCGCAUUCUCGCAUCCUAUUAUCGCAAUAUCGCUCCAUCGGCUAGGGCCAAAAUUAUGAUAUUAACAUCGAACUUUCGCCGUUAGGAUGAAAGGGGCGACGGCACGAAAACACGAUACGAAAAACGCGACAGCAUUGUUUGGUAAAUUAAAUGCAGUAUUAAUGUCGUACUUCAGUGAAUUCGCCGUAAGAAUGCGAAAGUACGAUGAUAAUAACUUCACAUUAUGUUUUGGCGUUUUUGCAUAAUGUUAUCACACUAUCGCCCUUACCAAUGUAAAAAAAACGAAGAGCCGAAACAACAAUGGCCCUAAUGGAACACUGUACAAUCAUGUCUGUAAGAUUCACUGCAAAUAUAACUCGUGUCAAGUCCAAUAAUACGACAGUGAAUUUCUAUAAGCAUUUUUCGAUAUAAAUUCUGGACCAAGUAUUUUUGUUGUAAAACUUACCUGUGAACUGUACAUCGGCUAGCUUUGUAACGAUUUAUUGUGCUGGUCAAGUUGUCUCCCGAUAUCUGUACGUUAGUUACUUGAAAAUUGUGUGUGCAAUAAGACACAUUAUGUGUAUAUGUCGGGCACAUGUCGUAAAAUCAUGCUCAUGCGCAAUGGUCUGACUUUACAUUCAUAGGCCUCUAACGCUAUAAAGAUUCAGUAAAAUAUGUGACUUUAUCAUUUUGUUUUCAUAUUUAAAGGUGGUCAGCAACCUAUUAUAUAUAAUCAAGUAUCGUAUAUUCCACAAGGAAGGGAUUCAUUUAAAAAAAAGAAAUACCCAAAGACAAAAGUUAUAUUUAUAUAGAUCCUAGUUAGAAUGUAUUUUUAUUCGAUUUUUUUUUGUAAAAUGUGCUUUACCUCUUUUUGAUAUGAAAGUAUAUUUCAUAAAUGACUUCAAUAUAAUUUCUAGUUUCAUAUUUGCAUUUCAUAAAUAACGAGAUAUUUCAACUAUCUGAACAAACAAUCCAACUUCUCAAAUGCGUGUGGCUUUGUACUUCUAUCUGGUUUUUGCAACCAGUAUAGGCAAAGGGAGUUAACAAUAAUUUUACAGAUUUGCAUUUCUAACUCGGGUACUUGUAUUAUUGUCUAUGCAAGCCUUUGACGAAUAUUAUGCAACAGUUCUUUAAUAAAGUUUGUUACUAAGACAAAGUUGGUUCAUCAAAUUUAUAAUUAUCCUAAAACAAGUCUUGACUGGACAACCAGGAUAGGAAAAUCAGACUUAAAAACAACGCUAAAAUAUCUAGCAUGUAUUAAGCACUCUGAGGUCAUAUAUAAGUGUGAAUGAUCAGAUGUUUACGUUUUGAAUGAAUCCAUUACUCGACCGAAACAUGCUUAUUCACGUUUGACAUUUUUAAAGUUACAGUCAGAAUUCUUUUUAACAGAAUCACUUGUAUCAUGCUCAUUCAAACAACCAUAGUCGUAUGAUAAUAAUAAGUGAUGUAAGGGAGGUAAUUCCUGUGGGAAGGCAGGCUGCACAAUACCAGCUUCCAAACGCUUAGUUAUUUUAAAACGUAUUCAUAUUCUUUGAGUUCAUUUUAAGAUGUUCAAAAUCUUAUUUAGUUCGAAUGGUACACAUCAUAACAAAGUAAGUCAAUCUUGAAUUGUAUUAAACAAAGCUCUAAGUUACGGCUGCAAUAUCCUUUCAAAGGUACACAAUUUAGAAAACAAAGACGUUCACCGAAAAUUCACCAUGCAUGAUUAUUCUUUAAUCUUACACAAGCUUGAACUAACUGUCUUCGUAAGCCUACAAAGAUACAGGAGGCUGAACUGGCACCACCCGUUGAAAAUCCUAAGCUCAACCUGAAAUGCGACGAACAAUUGUCCAAAUACUCCGAUGGAUAUAUAAUGAUAUGCUUAAACAUAACACAUGUCAAUAUCGUCAGUUUAUUUAAGCUUUGAAUUUUUGUAGCAGUGCGCUGAGACAUUUUGAAGGAAGACAUGGUUUAAUCAGUUACUUUCGGGACGUCUGAUUCAUGUUGGCAAGUUGUCACUACCUUGCGGAGAACACGUCGGUACUGUGGUUAAUCGGAUCUUUUUGUAAUAAAAAUAAUUUGUGCAACAGUUUACUUGUAUUAAUGUUUUGUAAGCCUUAAAAGUAACUGAUGUCAGAUAAUCAUAUAAUGUAUUUUAAAUUUGAUUUUUAAACAUGUUUAUCAUCAGAAUAGAUUUGAUAAACAUACCUUACACAAGGAAUAAUAUAAAUAUAAGAAUUUUUUGUAUGUUUGUCUAAGAUUUGCAUUGAAACUUAUAUGUUCAACAGCCAAUCAGUCGAAAUCGUAUUCAUUUAUUACCCCACUUUGAUUUAUCUUGCUUUCUUUGUUGCACAUCAAACAGAGAACAUUAAGUUAUAGUAUACGAUUUAAUGCACUUCAGUUAAUUUUACAUUACAGGAAAGUAAACGAACAGGUUUAUGACUGAACUAUUUAUCGUGUCUUACUUUUUGUUUACAUUUUCGGUCUAGCUGAGUUCAUAAACAAAACUGAAACUUGUUUCAGAGAAAUUCAUGUUUUCUUUGAAAAGUAAAUACAGAAAGUGUGGAAAUCAAGUUGUUUUUUAUUCUAUGAAAUUCACGGGGAAUAAUGUUAAUGUGCUGUCUCAUCUACUGUGAUACCUCUGUGUGGUAUCACUCACCGCCGCAUCUCUUUUCGGUACUUUUCGCUACAAAAGUACAAUUUGGUUUUUACUUUCCUGCUGUUUCCGUGUUUUUCCUCGUGGUAUGAUUUCAUGGCGGCAGAUAUAUUUUUCUCGCUACAUUUCAAUCCUUUUAAACCCUUUAUGCCCCCACAUGCUGUAAGUUAUCGGGUAUAUCAGUUUAUAUACAUGAUUUGUAUUGAGUAUAUGUACAUUAUAUCGCUCUGCAUUGCUCAGUAUGCAUUUUUGGUGUUUUUGAAAUGGAUUCGUUCUUAAAUAUAUUCGAACCAUGGGUGCAUUUUGUAUUGGUUAAAUUAUUACUAGUAGGUUUGAUAUAAUAAUUGAAUGCUGACAUCUGCAGUUAAACAUUGUUAAGGCUAUAUAUAAAGUAUAAAUGGUUAAAUGUAAGAUUUAAGGUCAAAUGUAACACAGAUAUACAUGUAUGGUCAUUUGUUAUAAAACAACUUAUAUGUCUAUUUUCAGGCUUUUACCGCCUACUUGUCUACUUGAUACACCAUCACGGCCUACGAGUAAAUGGUUAAACUAGC